AUGUCUGUCCUUUCUCGCGAUACAAUUUUGAAGGCCAUCAAAGAAAAACAAAUCACCGUUACUCCUUUCAACUUGUCUCAUUUGGGACCUGCAUCUUACGAUUUGACUCUAUCAGAUGAAUUUAGAGAAUUAACUGUAACUGGAGAUGUCAUCCCAAUUACUGACGACGUGGAUUACAAGCAAUAUUCAAAGGCUGUAAAAAUUCCAAAAGGCGAAGCUUAUAUCCUACAGCCAGGAAAGACUGUGUUGGGCAUUACAGAGGAAGUCAUCGCCCUCUCACCAGGAUAUUGUGGCUUACUUGAAGGUAGAUCAAGAUUUGCUCGUAUGGGACUUGCUAUUCACAUCACUGCUGGCUUCAUGCAGCCAGGAAUUAAUAACAAACAAGUUCUGGAAAUUUUCAAUGCUAGUCCAAAUCCUCUUGCACUGUAUCCUGGAACUCAUGUUUGUCAGUUUGUGUUUUUGAAACUGGAAGGAAAGGCCAUCUACACUGGACGUUUUGCAAACCAGUCUCUCGAAUAA